AAUGUGGAUGACUUCAAGUGAUCGAAUGCGCUGUCGCGUCCUUUGACACGCUUAACCGUUUACGAAAACGAUUUCGCUACACUUUUGCUGACAUUUUGAUCGUUUUACCAUGCCAGAUAUUUACAAAAAAUUCAGGAAGUUACGUCGAACGCGAUAUAUUCGCACUUAGUAAUAAUUACAACGUGAAAGUGUGUGAACUCCAAAAACUAAAAUAGUGCCGUGUAUCCAUCACAUAUAUUUGCUUUAUUGAUAUUUUGAGUGUCACAGGCCUUGUGGUGCCUAUGCAUAUCUUGAGAAUUUGGACGGUGUUCUAGAUUAUUUUAAGGAUAUAAAGUUUCUCAUAUUUGGUUAAAUCAUUUAGUAAACAUGUCGGAAAUAGUUUACCCGCAAGGGUGCAGAUCUGUCACAGAAGAUCUGGGUCCAGAUGAACUUAUUAGAAGAUUAAAGACAUUAGCUCAUACAUUACAAGCAAUGGGUCAAGAUGAAGGGAUGUAUCAACAAUAUAUACCACUUGCAUUACAUUUGGCAGAAGAACAUUUUUUAAUGCAUCAGAGUAAAGAUGUACAACUUUUGAUUGCAUGUUGUAUUGCUGACGUUUUGAGGGUUUAUGCUCCAGAAGCUCCAUAUAAAGAUGCAGAGCAGGUUAAAACAAUAUUCUUGUUUCUGAUUAAACAACUAGCUGGACUAAAAGAUCCAAAAGAUCCCGCUUUUAAAAGAUAUUUUUAUCUUCUGGAAAAUUUAGCAUAUGUGAAAUCAUUUAAUAUGUGUUUUGAAUUAGAGGACUGCCAAGAAAUCUUUUGCGCACUUUUUUCUCUUAUGUUUAGGAUAGUAAACGAUGAACAUUCUGGGAAAGUCAAAAGCUUUAUGUUAGAUGUAUUAUGUCCACUUAUUACAGAAUCUGACAUUGUUAGCAAUGAACUUCUAGAUAUCAUACUUAUGAACAUUGUAGAACCAAACAAAACACAAAAGAAGAAUGCAUAUUUACUUGCAAAGGAAUUGGUGAUCAAAUGUAGUGAUACAUUAGAACCAUACAUUCAAGCAUUCUUUAACCAUGUACUGAUCUUGGGCAAAGAGGAGAAGAGCUUACAAAUUUGCAAGAAAGUGUAUGAUUUAAUUUAUGAGUUAAAUCACAUAUGUCCAAGCGUCUUGCUGUCCGUCCUACCACAAUUAGAAUGUAAACUAAAAUCUUCCUCUGAAUCUGAAAGAUUGGGUGCUGUAGCAUUAUUAGCAAGAAUGUUUUCUGAGAAAGGAUCUCAGUUAGCUGUGCAACACACACAAUUGUGGCGUGCAUUUUUAGGAAGAUUUAAUGACAUCAGUGUAUCAAUUCGUAUCAAAUGUGUGCAGUAUUCAAUGCAUUUUUUAUUAAACCAUCCUGAACUGAGAAAGGAUAUUACUGAUACGUUAAAGUUAAGACAACAUGAUGCAGAUGAAAGUGUACGAUAUGAAGUUGUGAUGGCUAUAGUGACCACUGCUAGAAGGGAUUUCGAAGUGGUGUCAGACAGUGAAGAUUUGUUAGAAUUUGUUAAAGAAAGAACAUUAGAUAAAAAGUUUAAAAUCAGGAAAGAAGCAAUGGCAGGAUUAGCGAUGAUAUAUAAAAAACAUUUGAAUGAUGCAGAUGUACCACAAGCUACGAAAAAGGCUGUUACUUGGAUAAAAGAUAAAAUAUUACAUGGUUAUUACAUGGCAGGAAUGGAAGAUAGAUUACUAGUAGAAAGAUUACUAAACACUUGUUUAGUACCUUACCAACUACCAGCUGGUGAAAGAAUGAAAAAGUUGUAUCAUUUAUUAGGUACAAUUGAUGAUCAUGCAUCUAAAGCAUUUGUAGAAUUACAAAAGCACCAGCUUGCUGUACGAAGAGCAGUGGUUGAAUGGUUAGAAAUUGUAAAAAAGCCAGACGCCAUGGUUGAACUUGUAGCUAAGAUUCAUCAGAUAUCUCGCUUUCUACCAGAUCCUAUGAAAGUUCAAGAAUUUAUACAGAAGUUCAGUGCUCACAUGAGAAAAGAUUCGGCUUUAUUACAAGGAAUGGAAACAAUAGUUCAACCAAACGUUUCUUGUAAAGAGUGUGCAGAUACAAUAAGUAUGGUUCUUAAAAAAUUGGGUCAACCUGUCAUGACGAAUUUGUAUUACAACACAAUAAAAAUGCUAUUGGAAAGAGUCAGUUCUGUAAUGAUUGAUGAAGAAGCAAUUAGGGUCUUAAUUGGAUAUGUAUUAGAUUGUUUAAAAGGUGGCAAUGUAAUAGAAGAAGUUGGACUUAAUCCGAACAAUGCAGGUGAAAAGGGUUUAAGGUUACUUGUGAUGCUUUCAUUUGUAUUUGGUCCACAUUUUCUUCAUAAUGAUAUUUUGAUGCAACUUGUUCAUCUUUUGGAAUUGGAAGAUGAAAUGGUAGCACCGUUGGUUCUUUCGAUUUUCACAUUUUUAGGGAAAUAUAAACCUUUAUGUGAUGUUGCACCGGAUAUUAUGAACCUUAUGGUUCCAAUAUGUAAAAAUUUUGCAGAAACAGGAACACCAAAACAAGCAAAACAAGCUGUCAGGUGUUUAUUUGUUAAUAUGACCAAUAUUCAUGAUACUAUUUUCCCUGAAAUUAUUGAAAGAAUUAAAAAUAGUCUUACACCAACUUCAGAAUAUUAUCGAACAUCUAUAGUUACAUUAGGUCACAUAGCUUAUAAUUUACCAGAAAAGUAUCAAGUACAAAUAAAAAAUAUGGUGUCUAGGAAGAUAGUCAAGGAGUUAUUAGUGAAAGAAAGCAGUGAACAAACUGCUGAUACCAUUGAAGGAGACUGGUGCAGGGAAGAUCAAUUACCUGAAGAAACACGUUGUAGAUUAGAAGGAUUGAAGUGCAUGGCACGCUGGUUACUAGGAUUGAAGACUGAUGUGCUCUCUGCACAAAAAACGUUUAGAAUGCUGAAUGCAUUUGUAGUAAACAAAGGAGAUCUUUUGCAGCAGGGUCGUUUAAGUAAAGCAGAAAUGAGUUGGUUGCGCUUACAAGCUGGUUGUUCAAUGUUGAAGAUCUGUGAACAAAAAGGCGUUGGUGAUCAGUUUACAGCAGAACAAUUCUAUAAUUUAUCUCAGCUCAUGGUGGAUGAAGUUCCACAAGUGAGGGAAGCAUUUGGUAGCAAAUUACAUAAAGGACUUGGAAGAGGAAUUCCAAAUAAGUGUUUGCCACUAGACUUUAUGGGUUAUUAUGCACUUGCUGGUAAAGAACAGGACAAAAGAUUAAAAUGUGUUUUAAAAACUUAUAUGCAAACUGAUAUAAAUAAAAGGAGAGAUUAUGUUAAGACAUUGUCAUUGGGUACAGUGGAACGGGCCAUGGGUAAGAAACUAAAUAGUCAACUGCCUCACAUUCUUCCUGAUUAUAUGCUAGUAUUUGCAGUCCCUAUUCUUGCACAUGAUCCUGAAUUUACAAGUCAUUUGAUGGUUAAUCAGUUGAAAGUGAUACAACAAUGUUUGUGGUUUAUAUUAGAACCCCUUAUAACGAAAAAUGAAUAUUAUUGUUAUGGUUUUUAUAAAAAUCUCAUAGAACGAAUGAAGAGUCAUAAGGAUGCUUUAAAACCUGAGGAUAAUAACAUGAAUUAUAAAUUGUGGGCUGUUUGCGAUUUGGCUAUGAAUGUGAUAUAUACAAAAACGACAAAUUUUGAUAUGAAAGAAUUUCCAAGUGAAACACGAAUUCCCACCAUGUACUUCAAACGAGCGGACGAAUUAUUGACUAACACUAGGAAUUACUUACCUGCUGAAAUGCAGAUAAACAUGUCGAGUCCUAAAGGAAAGGGUUCUCUUCAUAAUACACAUUCUGUCAGUGAAAGACCACAACGUAGGGCUAAGUCAAAACAACAGAAGGAAGUGGGCAUUGGGCCGAACGAAACUGAUGCAAGGCUGCAAAUUGGAGAAGUGGAAUGUAUUGAUGCGCAGCCAGCGGAAGCAUCGGAAACUAGAAUUCAAUUACCUGGUUUAGAGGAAGAAAUUGAAGAACCACCAGCAAAGAGGGCAUUAAGAGAAUCAGACAAAGUAAAUAAAUAAUUAAGUGAAUGAACUGUAUUCAAAGGGAUGUUAGGAAUAGGGGAAAGACCGUGAUCAUCAUAAGAAUUAAAGAAUCUAAAAAUACUUUACAAAUUAGAAAACAGAAUAUUUUGAUUAUGUACAACAAUUAAUAAACCUGUCGUUCGCGUAUGUCUAGACAGUAAGAUGUUAAGAUAAUGAUACAUUAACGUCAAAUAAUUGAUACAUAUAAGCUUACAAGUCAAGAAACUUCAUGAAGUUGCAUCGCAUUCAUAAGGAAAUUAAAAAUUUACUAACUGAUCAUAUAGAAAAUAUUUUUCUUUCAAUUGUAAAGAAAAAAAAAAAAACAUAAACUUGGUUUGGUUCUAAUUUCUCUACACGUUAAAAAAAGCAAUGGCACAUUCAUUGAUAAAAAAUACAAUCCUUUGUAUAAUUAAUAACUGUUUAACCAUCAUCUUUUUUACAUAAGUCUUCGAAAAUAUUUCCCUUUCUUUCUUGUGAAACAUCUGACAAUUGUUGUAUUGUUCACUUUUGCAUUGACGAAUACAAAUGUUUAUAUAUACUAUUUCAUGUGCAUUUUUCUUCAUAGAUUAAUGAGAUUGUAUACAAAAUUUUUGUAACAAACUAUUCCAAAUAGUAAAAUCCUUACACGAUAUCAUCAAACUUAAUUGUAGUUUUCAGAAAAAAGUAAUCGAAAACCACAUUUAUUACAUGAAAUACAUCGAAAUAAUACACUUCAUUAAAUCUUUACACGCAGAAGAGAACAACAUAACGUUGUUGGAUUUCUGUGAACAUCAUGUACUAAACAAAAGGGUGUGUGUCAAUUGGCUUUGUGAUCCAAAGUUGUUUGAUUCUAUUAAUCUGAUUAUCAUUAUUAUUAUAUUAUAUUAUAAUUAAGAUUAUUGCCUUAAUGCUAUAAUUAUUUUAUUGAAAGAAUGACAAUUUUGAUAACCAUUAUUUCCUGAGAAAAUAUGUAUUUUCUUAUAAAAUUAUCUCUUUAUAUUUUAACCCAAAAAUUAAUGUAAAUGAGAUUUGGUCAGCGCACGGCCACUAAUUAUUAAUUUAUUUCAGACAAGCUGUGCUUAUAAAUACUUCAAUAGUAUCUAAUAAAUGUAUACAUAUAAAUAUUUUCAACGGAUAGUGCGCAUUAAUAUAAAAAAUAAACGUAAAAAUUUUUGUUAUACAGAAGUAUCGACAAUGCACCACUAAUUCAAUAAUCAAUUGAAGUUUAUCAUCAUCGAAUGUGACAGUUAUUCUUCCAUCGCUGUCAUUAUUGUAUAUGUAUUAUAAACUUACUUUCGUAUCACUUUAAUUCAAAUUUGUAUCCAGAACAUAUAUUUGUACAAACAAUAUAGUAAAUGUAUUAUUCCGAUAUCUCAAGGAAUUGUAUACAUACUUUGAAUGGUUUAAAUACUUAUAUUUUUAUUUCGUAUUUUAUAAGAUGUUGAAAAACAUUCAUUGCAUUUAUAAAUAUUUAUAUAAUAGUAAUUUCACAUAUUACCAAUUGCUUUAAACAUAAUGUAUUCAUUUAAAAAUAUAUUUUAUUUCAUAACUACAGUAAACAAAAAUAAAUGAAACUUUUGAAUAAAUAUAGAUUAAGUGUAAAAUUCUAUAGAAUUUACUUAAUAUUUAGAGUUAAAAAUAAAUAAUCUCAUACCUUUUUGUUAUUAAAAAAUUAGGAAAUUGGAUACAAAUUUGAAUAGCAUUAAAAUAAUUUAAAAUGGGCCUAGGUUUUAUAAAAUUUCCUUUGUCAUCAUUAGAAUUCUUAGUAUUAAGCAUUAAAUUGUAUUAAACAUUAAGAUGAGAAUGAGAAUUGUGUAUGAGGCUGUGAAUGGUGAUGUGUGUUUGAUCUUAUUAUAUAAACAUUAUAGAAUUAACACAUACCUAUUACCUCUUCACUGAAAUUACAGUACAAUGCAAAUCUUGCAGUUUUUAAUUUUUUAAACAUUCAUAAAGGUCAUUCUUUAUUUUUCAUAUAUGUACAAAGCAUUGUUCAUAAGUCAUCGGCAGUGCAUUGUUACUGUUUCAGCUUCAUGAAAUUUAAUUUGAUAUUUCUUGAAAUAAUUUAUAAAUUCAAAUUGUUUUGGAUUAUAUUAUAUUUUAUCUUAUAGUAUUAUUAUCAAACAUUUGCUUCUAUAAGUAUUUAAUUGCAUAGUACUGCAAUUUUUUCAAACAGGUUAUAGACUACAAAAUAUACAUAUUCUGAUGAAAAAAACCAAUUAAUCAGUGCUAUUCAUCUGUCAAUCUGUGAGACAUAAGUGACGCAUUGUAACGGUUCUAUAAUAAAACAAAUUAAGUAAAA